UACGUUAUAACUUUUUGCGUCCUCUAGGCGUCAACAACUUUGGUCUUGGCUGUCGCUGGCCUCAUCUGCGCGGGAUGGCUGCUCGAUGUGAUCCAGCAUUGGCCAGUGUUUGAAAACAUCUCGGAGCUUAUUAUCCUCAUCCCCAUCCUGCUCAACCUCAAAGGGAACCUCGAGAUGAAUCUGGCCAGUCGACUCUCUACUGCUGCCAAUAUGGGACUUUUGGACCAGCGGGUGUCGCGUAAUGCGUUUAUCAAAGGAAACUUGGCAUUGCUCCAAUUACAGAGUCUGGCGGUGGGAUCCGUUGCUGGUCUGUUUUCGUUUGGACUCGGAAUGAUAGUUCAUUCUACGACGAACAACUUCAGCGAGAUCGCGUUGAUGAUCACGGCGAGUAUGGUCUGUGCAGCCAUGAGUAGUUUUGUACUGGGCGGGUUCAUGUGUGGACUUGUCCUGGUCUGUCGUCAGUAUAAGAUUAAUCCUGAUAAUAUUGCUUGUCCGCUGGCAUCGUCAUUCGGAGAUCUGGUGACACUGGUCAUUUUAGCAGGGUGCUCUGUCGUGCUGCAAAAGUUCAUUGAUACAGCACUGCCAGCGAUCAUGCUGGCCAUUUUGCUGGCGCUCAUCCCCGCGUGGAUCGUAUACGUACGCCGGAACAAAUAUGUCGCCGAGGUGGCCAAGGAGGGCUGGAGUCCUGUGUUUGCUGCGAUGGUGAUCGCUAGUACUGCAGGACUGACCCUGGAGCAAUACAUCGACGAUUAUCCCGGGAUGGCGUUGGUCUCCCCGGUCUUGAAUGGGUUGACGGGCAAUAUUGGAUCGAUCUACGCGAGUCGGAUCAGCACGUCGUUGCAUGUGAACAUCAAGGAGAACUACCGGGAGACGGAGAAGACGCUGUUUUUGGUGCAUAUCCCGAUCCAGAUCUUGUUCCUGGUGAUCAUUGGAGUGCUGGGGCUGGGACAUAUGCAUUGGAGCGGCGCGUUGGUGUUGGGUUAUUCAAUUGUGGCACUGAGUCUGGUGGUGAUCUCGUUGGCGAUGGCGAGGUGGAUCACGCAUCUGUUCUGGAGGUGGGGAUAUGACCCGGACAACUAUGCCUUGCCAAUUUUGACGUCGCUGAUCGAUGUAAUCGGAACGGUGUUCUUGGUCGCCGGAUUCUGGGCCCUUCACUAUGGAAACUACGAUGCGUAGACCCCCAAUACAACCUAUCCAUUGUAAAAUAAAUAAAUAAAUAAAUAACAAUAAUAACAAUUGUUACUCUUUACCCAUAUAACGCGUU